AUGCAGAUCAAGUCCAUCCUCAACGCCGCCUUCUUGGCUGGUUCCGCCCUUGCUUCUCCUUUCCCCGGCCCUCCCAGCGGCAAUGGCUGCAGCAGCAACUCGCUCGCCGUGGCUCUCGCCAACGCCAACGCCAACGAUUACUGCGUCAGCAUCCUCAGCAUCAGGCCUACCACUACCACCGUGAAGACAACCAUUUCCAGCACCAGCACCAAGGUCGCCAACCUUGUCAGGACCACCAUCACCUCGACUUUCACCGACGUCCGUGAUGCCACCAAGACUUCCACCACCACGGAGUGGACCACUCUGGACCCCAGCACCGCCACUGUCACGUCUACCACUACCGACACCGCGUACUCCACGGAUAUCGAGAGUGAGACUUCCACCUCGUGGACCACCAUCACUUCCGUGAACCCUGCUACUCGCACUGGUAUCCCCUACAAGCGUGCUGUCAGUGUUCCCGGUCCCGCCAGUGGCAAGCCCAGCGCCUCCAUCCGUACCGCUUGCUCGUGCAUCGUCACCACUCCCACCGUUACCAGCACCAGCACCAGCAUCAGGGUCGUGUCCACCACUACCACCACCCCCACCUCCUACAUCUAUAGGUCUGCCACCAUCUCCACCACCCAGACCACCACCACCACCGACAUCCACAAGUCCACCGAGACCCCCGAUGCUAAGACCGAGACCGAGAUCGAGAGCACCACCACCACCCAGGUCCACAGCGCUACCACCACCAUUGUCGCCCCCGCCGUCCAGACCAACACCGUAGGCGGCGCCUCCUUCAUGCAGGUCGAGGUCAUCCUCGCCAAGUGGGCCUCCGCCAAGAAGUCCAUCGCUGUCGAGACCGCCCCCGCCUCCAUCACCAACUACAAUGAUGCCUUCCAGUGCUGCGCCUAUGGCAACGGCAAGUGGAACAAGGGCUGGACGCACCUUACUGCUGACGGCCGUGGCCCUCAGCAGCACGUUGUCUCUUACGAGAAGACCGUCGUCGUCGCUCCUGCCAUCGGCCGCCGCGACCAGAACUAA